AUGUCAAGCACAGACCCGAGGGCCUCAUACUCCUUGUUCACGUCUGCUUCCGAUGACGUCGUGGAAAUCCCAGAGGUGUUCAAUUCGCAGGAGACACUCGAGUUCCUUGGUCUCCGGCCUGAGAUUGCAGACGCAAUUUUCGAAACCUGGCACGAUCUUCAACAAACGCCAGGAGAAUUGGGAUACGGCGACGACGACAUCGCCCAUGCAGAGUAUUACGUCAAACGUAUGGCGGAUAUCGAGGAUGCAUGGUGUCUCACCCACGAUUGGCGGCAGGCCCUGUUCAAGAUGGGCGUCAAUAGCGACUUGACCGAUGCUAUCCUCGAUAGCGACUUCGACGAGAUUCGAGCGACAAAGUCUGCAUCCGAAUGGGUCAUCGACACCUUCCAGACUUCCUGGCAGUUCCUAGAAGGACUCGACGGGCGAAUUCGCCGUAAAGACUAUGAGGUGAAUUGCCUCCUCAUGCCCUCGCCUGACGUCGUACUACGUCUCUUGGACUACCAUGGGCCUCCUUACGUGGACCUUGGCACCGUGGCUGCUAUGCCAAACAGGGUUUAUGGGAAGACCAUGAUACACAAGGGCGGAGCAAUGAUGGGCUUGACGAGACGCGAUCUGGUGUACUUCACCAAGGACAUCGAUAUUGCUGAGCAGUAUGCCAACUUUUCUCAGCGUCGCGUCCCUGCCGAGGAGGGUCUCGUACUGUCUUUUGCUGUCCCAAACGAGCUCGUCAACGAACACCAGGUGAAGGAGAUCCCCAAGGUAGACUGGCAGCGACUUGUAUGGCGGGCGAGGCACCCUGAGCGCUCCAUCGACAUGGAUCAGAUCCGACCCUCUCUCAUGAAGUAUGUUGAGGCGCCGGUCCUCCGAGGUCCUAUCUGCAGCGUCGCGAGCAACAAGAUUGGCCGACUCGAGAGCUCUUCUGAGCUAGCCAGGCAGUACCUGAAGACGAAGGACGGCGCCUUCGCAUCUCAGUAUGUCUUUCAGUCGAAACCUGCCAAAAUGGAGCUUCAGGAUCGGUGUGCCGGAUGGGUAUGGGUCCGGUCGAUGCGGUACUCUCCUAAACUCGCCAAGCGCUUCUGA